CAUUAUCCGAGCACUAUAUAUAUGACCAUUGAGAAAGGAAACCAAAGCAAAGAGGGCUAUAACGGGUGGAGCAAUGGUAGCCAUGGAAGUGAAGCAUCUGAACACCACAUGGGUCAAGCCAGAAACGAGGCUUCAUGGAAAAAUACCCCUAACCAUCUUCGACAGAGCGUCCGCAGAUAUGCACAUAGCGUCGAUCCUGGUCUACGACGCCCCCACAGCCAGCAACACCAAGAUCAAGCUUGCUCUUGCAAAGGCUCUCACCUAUUACCCAGUGCUAGCUGGGAAGUUGUCCGGCCAGCCCCCGGUCGUCGUCCUCGAUGACGAAGCCGGAGCGCCGGUCUCCGAGAUGUCGGUGGAGGGGAAUCUCGAAGACUUCCUUCCGUUCAAGCCUACCCCGGAGCUCUCCAUCCUCCAUCCUUACACCCAAGAGACUAACCCACUGCUCAUGGUCCAGCUUACUAGGUUCGCUUGCGGCGGCCUGGUGCUCGGACUUAGCGCUAACCAUGCGGUCGCUGAUGGCCAGUCAAUGAGCAACUUCUAUGUCACCUGGUCUCAAUUGAUCAUGGAAAAGGAGGUCAGCCCCAUUCCUACACAUGGUCGGUCGGUGCUCAGGCCCAGGGACCCACCCAUGCCGGAGUACCCACACCAAAAUAUGGAGUUCUCCAUGUCGCCGCCGAGUGAUGAUCAACCGCCUGAGAUCUACGAGGGCGCCAUAGAAAAUGUACAGGUCCAUUACUCGUAUGACUUCAUUAUGAAGCUCAAGGAGAGGCCGGAGACGAAGCACAGCACCUUUGAGUGCCUGCUGUCUCACCUGUGGAAGAAAGUAACCGCUGCCCGUGGCCUGGACGACCAAGUCAUCACCCGUGCCCGCGUGUCCGUGAACGGGCGACCGAGGCUGGGGGUCUCCGGCGAUUAUUUCGGAAAUUUGGUUCUCACUGCAUUUCCGGCCGCUAAAGUGAAGGAUCUGGUUCAGGAGGAUGUAGGUUAUGGUGCAAGGUUGAUCAAGGAAGCUGUGGGGCAAACUGGGAGCGAGUAUUUCCAGUCUUUCGUCGACUUUGGGGAACUUUACAAAGACAAGGCACUCUACCCUUCAGCAGGUCCAGACGGCGCCACUUUGUCGACUGACUUGGAGGUGGAUAGCUGGCUGGGCUUCCAAUUUCACCAAGUGGACAUGGGUGGAGGUGCACCCCGCCUCUUCAUGCCUUCCUGGAUACCCGUUGAAGGUCUCGCCAUAAUCGCCCCCACGCCCUCGCCGGAAAAAGCUGCCGGCCCCAGUGACAGAUGGAGAAGCGGCGUCGACAUCACUGUGACCCUCCUUCCAGAGCAUGCUGCCGCCUUCGAAAAGAUUGCUUACUCCAUAGACUGAAUAUGAUAUAUCUUCAUGUUUCAUGUUUCGUGUUUCUUUUCUAAUCUUUUCCAGUGUCAUCUUGGCUUUAGCCAGUGAAGUCCGCAGAAGCUUUCAUAAUCCGUCCCAUAUGAACAUUGACCUGAGGAUGACAGAGCAAACGCAACUUUAAUUCUCAGAAGAUGAUAGUGUAAUUUUUACUAUUAUCUUCUUUCUAUCUCUUUGUCUUCUAAUCCAAUCCCCAAAACCCCAAUGAAUCAAGUAGAAAAGAGAAAAAAUAUCUCACCUGAUAAGAAAGAAUUGAUGGAAUUGAUGAGUGUUGACUUUGAUUGAGAGUUACUGCUUGAGCUUGAUGUUGGUA